AUGGCAAAGAGGAUAGAAAUUGUGCUGUUUGUGCUCGCGGGACUCGUUUGUGGCAAUGUGAACAUUGCAUUUGGACAAAAAUCUUGCCGAACGCCGGAUCAUCGCGACGGAGUUUGCACGCCGGUGUCGCAGUGUCCCAGCAUCCGGGACGAGUUCUUCAACACCGACCGGUUGUUGGACGAGGACGAGAUCGAUUUUGUGCGCGGGUUGCAGUGCAAAACAAGGGAUGUAACAAUAUGCUGCUCGGAUGGGGUAACAACGGUGGACCGCAACCCGACGGCCGUGCGCGAUGGCUUACCAAACCCGAAAGCGUUCGAGUGUGGGCUGGAUACGCUGGCGGAUCGGAUCAUCGGUGGUAAUUACACGGCGAUCGAUGAGUUCCCGUGGUACGCACUGUUGGAGUACGUGUCGAAGAAGGGCGAACGGGCGUUCAAGUGCGGUGGUUCCCUGAUCAACGGGCGCUACGUUUUGACCGCCGCACACUGUCUGGCCAACAAGAAGUUGGACGAGGGCGAACGGCUUGUAAAUGUGCGUCUCGGCGAGUAUAACACCGCCACCGAGAUGGACUGUGAGGAUGGUGAUGCGGACAACUGUGCCGAUCCACCGCAGAACUUUGGCAUCGAGGCACAAAUCGUUCAUCCCGGAUACGACAAAAAUGGUCCCUUCCAACACCACGACAUCGCUCUGAUUCGUCUCGAUCGGGAUGCCACCAUGAACAACUUCGUGUCGCCGGUGUGUCUUCCACCGGAUAACUUUACGCCUACCACUCCGAAUGUUAACGUUACGGCCGUUGGUUUCGGGCACACUGGACAACAGCGUCAUAGCGGCAUCAAGAAGAAGGCACAAUUCCCGGUGUUCGCACAGGAGGAGUGCGACAAGAAGUGGAAGAACAUCGAAAUUAUCGAGCAGCAGCUGUGUGCCGGUGGUGUGUUUGGAAUUGAUUCCUGCAGCGGAGACUCUGGUGGACCACUGAUGGUGCGACGGUUCUACUGGAUACAGGAGGGCGUUAUUUCUUUCGGCAAUCAAUGCGCCUUAGAGGGUUGGCCUGGCGUGUACACCAGGGUGUCGGCUUAUCUGGACUGGAUUCGGCAGAAUAUUCGCCAUGAUCGACCCGUCUGGGAUUCGGUGCGUCUGUGCGACAUUCCUAAUGAGCUCGGUCCGGGUGCAUGUAUGUCGCCGGGCGAUUGUGUCGCCUACGGCAAGAUCAACGACGUGUCCAGCCUGAGCUCGGUCGAACGCUUCAGCUUCAUCAAAGAGGUCCAGUGCAAUGGGUCGGAGACGGAACCGUUCGUGUGCUGCCCUCGCAACAGUGACGUAUAUCUUGAGCCUUUUGUAAACGAUACAAUGAUACCGAAGAACCGGCUCGCUAGUCGGAUCGCUUUCGAUGCCGAUUCCUGCGGUAUUCAGAGUUACGUGGCGAAAAUACGCGGUGGUCAGUUGGCGGAGAUCGAUGAGUUCCCGUGGAUGGCAAUGUUGCUGUAUGAGCGUGAUAGCAGUGGACUGACGCAGGGAUGUGGGGGAGCGCUGAUAAGUCGCACGUACGUGAUCACUGCGGCGCACUGCGUGACCGGCAAGAACUUUCAGCAAACGAAGGGACGGCUGAAGUAUAUCCGGUUGCGGGAGUACAACAUCCACACCAACCCGGACUGUGUGUACGAGAACAAGCUGAAGGACUGUUCGGAAGAUGUGAUCGAAUUACCACCGCAAGCGAUCAUACCGUACCCGGAAUAUGACUCGGAAUCUAGCAACCAGCAGCAUGAUAUUGCGCUGAUUCGGAUCCAGGAAACGCCUCCAUUUACUGACUUUCUGCGUUCGAUCUGUCUGCCGGAGCAGAACUUUGAAGUUGGUGCUACGCAGGGCAAAAAGCUCAGUGUAUCCGGCUGGGGUCGUACGGACAUCUUUAAGGACAAUCUCGGUACAGAUGUGCUGAGUCCGAUCAAGCUUAAGCUCAGCCUACCGUACGUCGACCGGGACGUUUGCAAGAAGACGUUCCUUCCGUGGUCGUUCUCACUCGGACCGGGCCAAAUGUGUGCCGGCGGGGAACGGGCGAAGGAUACGUGUGCCGGUGACAGUGGAUCACCGCUGAUGAGCUACGAUAUGGUGCGCGGCAUCUGGUACAUUACGGGCAUCGUCAGUUUGGGUGUGCGAGGCUGUGGCGUCGAAGGCCUGCCAGGAGUGUACACCAACGUACACUACUAUCUACCGUGGAUCAAGAUGUAUACCUCCGCAUAG